AGCCCUCCGGCAAUUCAUCAGGAAGCUGUCAUUUGUGGGCAUCGGUCGAGCCCGUCUCACUGGUUGCACCUUCUCCAUCCGGGCGGGGUUGAGAUGAACACAUCCCAUUCCGUUCAUCCGAUCCUGUCAAGUAAGUGAGCUCGGAGCCUGACUCUGGGAGUCGAAGGGCUAUGGGUUCCACGUUGCAGAACAAGUCUGAAAGUUUGCACCUGGCUGGGCCUGAGAAGCCAAUAUAGCCGACCCCAUCUCCAAUUCCCCGGAUAGCACCUCCGCCAUUUGCUUUUGAUCCUCAGUCUCCUCCCAACACGGGAUGGCCCUUCUGAAUUGCGUUCUGGCCGUGCUUUCGAUGCUGGUAUCGCUGUGCCAGGCCCAUCCUGCCUUGCAGGCCCGCGACGUUUCCUCCCAUCAACUCUCCGAGUUCGCAUUCUGGGCACAGUAUGCGGACGCCGCCUACUGCAGCAACAACUAUGACCCCAAGUCCUCGGGAGCGAGGAUCCGGUGCUGGGACCGCGGCUGCCCAGCCAUUGAGGCCACCAACACGACAAUUGCGCUUGCCUUCUCCAAUGCCACGAUGACCGAUACCGCUGGCUUCGUAGCCGUGGACCACACCCACCGCCGCCGCAUCAUCUCGUUCCGCGGCUCCUACUCGGUGCGCAACUGGCUGGCGGACGUGAUGUUCGUCUUCACCGACCCCCACCUGUGCAACGGCUGCCUAGCCGAGCUGGGCUUCUGGACCUCAUGGACGCUGAUCCGCAGCGACGUGAUCCGACAACUCGAACAGCUACAGAAUGCGUACAGCGACUACGAGCUGGUGCUGGUGGGCUACAGUCUUGGCGCGGCAGUUGCGACUCUGGCGGCGGCGGAUCUUCGCACGCGCGGGUACAAGGCGGCGCUGUACGCCUACGCGUCGCCGCGGGUGGGGAACGAGGCGCUAGCGCAGUUCAUCACCAAUCAGGGCGGCAACUACCGCUUCACACAUACGAACGACCCAAUCCCGAAGCUGCCGCUGCUGAUCAUGAACUAUGUGCAUAUCAGCCCGGAGUAUCAUAUCCUGUCCGGAGAUAAUGUCACCGUGCGCCCCCAGGAUGUGGCGGUCUACGAGGGGUCGGUCAACUAUGCUGGCAAUACGGGCACAGGUUCGCCCUCGCUGAGGGGGCUAUCGGCGCAUCGGUGGUAUUUUCAGUUGGUGGAUGGGUGUAAGGAACCGGGGUUCCCUUGGCGGAGGGGGGAGUAGCAUACAGUUCUGGUGCGUGUGACAUGACUUACGAUGUUAGUG